UUAUACUAUAUAUAUAUAUAUAUAUAGUUUUGUUACUUUUCCUUCGCCCUCCAUGUUGAUUUGAGGUCUCUAAUGGCAUGCUUAGACAUGUACAACUCCGACCAUAAGUCCCUCCACCGCCGUGCUCCGGCUACCAGCCCUAGAAUCUCUUUCUCGAGUGACUUCGUUGACAUCCAACAGUCCCUCAAAUACCAAGAGCAACGCUCCGCAGCUCCUCCCGUCUCGUCCUCCUCUGAUUUCGAAUUCUCCGUCUCCAACUACAAUAUGAUGACGGCCGAUGAGCUUUUCUUCGAGGGUCGUCUUCUCCCUUAUAAGGACUCCAAUAGAACGGUUACUACUCUUAGAGAAGAACUUCUCGUUGAGGAAGAGGAGGGAGACGACGAAGACGAUAAUGACGACGCUUCACAACGCCCUACGUCUAGGCCGGGCCGAUGGAAGGGCUUUCUUGGCUUGAAAAAGUCUCACAAUAAUAAUGCUUCCAAGAAAGGGUGCAGAAACGAUGGCUCUAGCGGCAGCCGUGAUGUCAGCGGUGGCAAAAGGCCGUUCGGUUGGUCGUCCUCUUCGUCUAGUACGAGGGCAAACUCUUCCCAACAGGUACAAAAUGAAGGAGGAUCGAGUUGCAAAGAUGUGGAGAUUGAUUUCUAGAGAAAGGGAGAAGCCAAGUUUUAGUUAAAAGUUGAAAAAGGAAUGUAGAGAGCCUUCUUGUUCAUUCGGUUCUUUUUCUUUCUUUCUUUCUUUCUUUCUUUCUUUCUUUCUCUUUUUCAAAUUGUUAAAUUAACCAUUUAGAUUUUUGUGUUGUAUGAUCAAUGCUAAUGUUCUUUGUUUUU